AUGCAUGUAUCUGAUGCUAUUAUUGGUUUACUUCUAAGUUUAAUCUUCUGCAAUUGUGAGAAUGAUCUUUCUUCAGUUGAUACGACUGCAUUUAUUGCAUCAAGAAUUUCUAUAGAUCUCUCUCCAUCAAAUGUAACUAACUUGAAUGAAACUGAGCCGACUUUAAAUAAUACUGAUACAUCUAAUUGGAUUGAAAUUGUUGCUACUACAGCAACUUCGACUGAAAAUGUUACGACGACAUCGACUACAACUGUUAUCAUCACAUCUACUUCGGCUAGAAUCAAUGAGACAGCGCACUCUAAAACACCAUCCGUAAUGAAUACAACAUCGACGCCUCCUCAAAACACAGUUAAACCUACAACUCCUUCAGCAAAGCCGAAUUUAGGUCUUAUUCUUGGUCUUUCGCUUGGUCUUGGAUUACCAUUCCUGAUUGCUUCUGUUAAUGGAUCAAUCGAUGAUAAAUAUUUUACUAUAACAAUACCAUUUAAUAUUACUCUUUAUAAUACGACGACAACUUCUGUCACUAUAACAAUUAAUGGUGUGAUUUGUCUUCGAAGCUGUUCGACUACUUUUAUUGAAACUGCUUUUCCUAUUAGUGCAUUUUCUGAUGCAACAAUUCUAACAUAUUGGAAUGAUCUGUACAUUUAUGCAAAUACAUCACAAGUCAUAGUCUUUGAAAAUAUGCCUGGUGUUGUUCAGUUUAUUUAUUAUGAGGUUAUUGAUGAAGGUGCUUCGGCUACUGUUGGUGUACAAGGUAACGAAGCAAAACAAUAG